AUGUUUAGAAAAGACAGGGAACACAGUAAAGAUAAAGGACAGGGAGUAUGCUACAGAGUACCAGAUUCAACAAAAGAGAAUGACAGCGGAUUACGUGAACUGAUCAGAAAUGCCACAAAAGUGCCUUGCGUAAUAAUGGGAGACUUUAACCACCAUAUUGACUGGAAUCAUAGAGAAGGCAAAAAGCUGGUAGACGAACUGUUUCUGGACUGCAUAGACGAAAACUUCCUUACUCAGCAUGUGAUGGAGCCAACAAGGGGAGAAAAUAUAUUAGAUUUAAUAAUAUCAGCAGAAGAGAACUUAAUAGAAGAAGUUAGGGUAGGAGAAGAAUUUGGAACGAGCGAUCAUAGGAUACUUAGAUUCAACAUAGUGUUCACUGGAACCCCGGAAGAGAAGCUGAUGGCCGCGCUCUGGUUGCCUGGUGUAACAAGUGAAAUUUUAGUUGACGAUAAUGGUACAAUCACUUGUCAUUUGGUAUCCUGUUGCUAUCAAGGGAGAAGAAGUCCAACCAAAAGGAAACAGCAACUGCUCCAACAACGUAAACUUGCGUUUGAAAAAUUGUCUGUCUGUGCAGGAUCAACUCAGUUUACCCAAAGAAAGAACCAAAAACUGUGUUCAAAUGGAUUGCAAAACUUCAAUUGA